AUGAAUUCAUUUGUAACGCCAACGAAUCUAUGUUCACAAUGUGCUUCAUUUUUUGUUCAAUCUAUACGUUAUUUACCACGAAAUUUACAAGCGAUAACAAGUGAUGCUUUGAAACAAUUUUCAUCAUACAUAAAUACAAAACAACUGCAACAUUCGAAACAAGAAAUUGAUAAAGAAAUAAUUACAACUGUACAACAAGCAUUUAAUGUUAAUAUUGAAUCGCUACUUGAUGAAUUAUCAAAAGAAGAACUUAAAAAGUUAUCACUAUCACCAGUAUCAUCAACUUCGUGUCUUUCUUGUCAAGUCGGUAUUACUCAACAUAUCAAACAUUCAGAUUUAUUAAAAAUUCAAAACUUAGUAUUCAACCAGAUACGUGGUUUUAAAACAAGACACUCAAGUUCAACUGGUGUUGGUAGAAAUACUAGUGCAGCUACAAGCGGCUCAGCUCGAGUAAUGGAUACUUUUGAUGCACAUCGCUCAUCGACGGUUAUUAAUGAAAAAAGGGGAAAAGAAGAAAGCUUUUCAAAUUAUUCAAAAGAUUCCAUUCAACCACCAUCAGCAACUAUUGUCAAUCGACUUACGCAAUAUACUUCUGGACGUUCAUCAUCGCAAAAUAUUGAUAGUAAACGUUUUCAAGAUGUGCUAAGCAGCACAUCACAUAUUGAUGAGCAACAAAAAGCCAAAAUUGCUUUUGCCGAAGGUUAUAUAGCAGCGGCUGGGGAGUCUAAACCAAAAGAUCGUUCAUCGAUUUUUAAAACAAUACGAGUGAUAUUAUUUUACAGCAUUUUAUUAAUACUUCUAUUAAAUAUAAUAUCUGCACUUGGUGGCGAUGGUGGAAUAACAACUGCUUUUUCUUCAGCUAGUAAAUAUGAAGUUCAUCCAGAAGAUGUUACAGUUAAUUUUUCUGAUAUUCGAGGCGCUGAUGAAGCAAAAGAUGAAUUAAUGGAUAUAGUUGCAUAUCUAAAAGAUUCAGAAAAAUACACAAAAUUAGGAGCUCGACUUCCUAAAGGUGUACUGCUUGUUGGUGUACCUGGCAUUGGCAAAACACUUUUGGCUCGAGCUGUUGCUGGUGAAGCUGGUGUUCCAUUUUUUCAUACAUCUGGAUCAGAAUUUGAUGAAAUGUUUGUUGGUACAGGUGCUCGCCGUGUACGUCAAUUAUUUACUGUUGCUAAAUCUCGUGCACCAUGUGUAAUUUUCAUUGAUGAAAUUGAUUCAGUUGGUGCUAAACGAUCAAGUUCACAAUUACAUCCAUAUGCAAAUCAAACCAUAAAUCAACUUCUUGCAGAAAUGGAUGGAUUCGAAAAAAAUGAAGGAAUUAUUAUAUUAGCAGCAACUAAUCGGCGUGAUUAUUUAGAUUCAGCUCUUUUACGACCAGGCCGUUUUGAUAGUGAAAUUUAUAUAGCACCACCAGAUCUUCGGGGUCGAAAAGAAAUUUUUGAAUUAUACAUUAGUAAAAUAAUACAUGAUACAACUGUUGAUACUGAAUAUUUAGCAAAGGGAUCAACAGGUUUUACUGGUGCUGAUAUUGAAAAUAUGGUUAAUCAGGCUGCUCUCUAUGCUGCUCAAUCAAGUUCACCAUUUGUCACUAUGAAUCAUUUAGAAUGGGCACGUGAUAAAGUUCUUAUGGGUCCAGCGAAAAAAUAUAAAGUACCUGAUCCAGAAACAAACAACCUUACAGCCUAUCAUGAAGCAGGUCAUACUAUUGUACGGUAUUUUACUAAAGAUGCUGAUCCAUUACAUAAAGUAACGAUUAUUUCUCGUGGACAAGCGCUCGGUUUUACAGCACAUAUACCAACAAAAGAAACAUAUAAUCGAACACGGUCACAAUUAUUAGCUGAAAUGGAUGUUAUGAUGGCUGGACGUGCUGCCGAAGAACAAAUAUUUGGUAGCGAGAAAAUAACUACCGGUGCAGCAAGUGAUUUUAGUCAAGCGACGAAACUUGCAACAAACAUGGUAAAACAGUUUGGUAUGUCGGAUAAAGUUGGUACAAGAUCAUUUCGAGAAGAAGAACAAGAUGCUGGUUUAGGUUUUGUUCGUGUUAAUGAUAUAAGUCCAACAAUGCAAGAAAUGAUUGAUUUAGAAAUUAGACGACUAAUGCAGGAAUCAUAUGAUCGCGCUAAAAUCUUACUUAAACAACAUGCACAUGAGCUUAAGACACUUGCUGAAGCUCUUCUUCAUUCUGAAACAUUAUCGGCCGCUGAUGUCAAGGCUUUAAUUGAAGGUCAUAAAAUAAAUCCGUAA